CAGCCCACAGAACACACGAGAAUAGGAAAGGCGCUCCGAGCUACUGCUGGAUCGAGGUUUUUUUGCAAUUUGCUAAAAACAAGUGGAUCAGCAGUUCAGAUGAGAACUCCUUAAAUCACUCACUCUUCCAGUCCUUAUCUUUCUUUAUUUAAGUGGAUUUUCCCUUUUCAGUUGAAUAAGGGAAGGAAACUGCCUGGGAUAGAGCAAAAAGACUCUCCUGAGCUAAGGAUGUUUGCAUCCAGGACAGCAAUGCCACUUCCUACUACGUGAUAAAGACCAUGAGGACUUUGCAGGACUGCCACCUGCGCCAUUGCCAAAAUGACGCCGCCAUCUGCCAGAACAUUCAGGUCUCCAGCCUGUGAUGCUCCAGCAGAUUCAUACUAUAAGAGCCACAAUUGUGGAGACAACUUAGAGGAAAUUUAGGGAAAAUAUCCCUAACUAUCAGCAGAAGAGCUCUGAACUGUUUCCUUCAGCUUCAGAGAUAUAAACCAUGCAUUCCAGAACUAACAGCACCGAAAGCCCAACCAGACCAAAGCUGAGCCAGCCAAGGGUGAAAGACCACCACAGAGAAGAGGUUGGUUACAGUGGGAAAGGAAGCACACAAACACAGCAGAAAGAGAAGGACGAUGUAGCCCAAGCCAGCACCAUCCUGAGAAGUCCAAAGGCAGAGAAAAAACAAAAAAGUUCUGUCAAGAAAAGAGAGGAUCUCUCUCGUGAUGACUUGCUAUUUCUUCUGAGCGUCCUUGAGGGUGAAUUACAGGCUCAAGAUGAAGUUAUAGGAGUACUUAAGGCUGAAAAAAUUGACUUAGCUUUGCUUGAAGCACAAUAUGGCUUUGUUACUCCUAAGAAGGUGUUAGAGGCACUCCAGCGAGACGCUAUUCAAACAAAGGCUGAGCAAUGGCAAGAAGAUGUCUAUGAAAAGCCUAUGGGAGAGCUUGAUAAAGUUGUAGAGAAACAGAAAGAAGUUCACAGAAGAAUGCUGGAACAACUACUAAUGGUAGAAAAAGCACACAGACAGACACUGCAUGAACUAGAGGAAGAGAAGAGGAAGCACAGCAAAUACAUGGAAAAAAGUGAUGAGUUUACAAACUUGCUGGAACAAGAAUGUGAAAGAUUGAAAAAGCUUCUUGAACAAGAGACAGUAUAUCAGGCAAAAAAAGAAAAGGAAAACAACAAGAAAAUAUCUAAAUUGAAAGAAGAAUUGACUAAACUGAAAUCCUUUGCUUUAAUGGUGGUGGAUGAACAGCAAAGACUCACUGAGCAGUUGAAUCAACAAAGUAAAAAAAUUCAAGAAUUAACCACUUCUGCAGAACAAGCACACAAAAAGUUGACUUUUGCUGAAGCAAAAAUUCAAGAAGAGAAACAGAAAUCCAGCAGGCUGGAGGUUGAAAUUCACGCCCAGAGCAGUAAGAUUUCCCGAGACCAAGAAGCGAUGAUGGCCAAACUAACCAAUGAAGACAGUCAGAAUCGCCAGCUCCGGCUAAAAUUAACCACUCUCAGCCGGCAAAUUGAUGAGCUGGAAGAGACCAACAAAUCUCUACGAAAAGCAGAAGAAGAACUGCAAGACCUAAGGGAUAAGAUAAAUAAGGGAGAGUGUGGGAACACUGCACUUACGGCUGAAGUUGAAGAGCUACGGAAACGACUGCUGGAGAUGGAAGGAAAAGAUGAAGAACUCACAAAAAUGGAAGAUCAGUGCAGAGAACUUAAUAGAAAGUUAGAACAAGAAGCAUCACAGAGCAAGAACCUUAAAGGGGAAGUGGAUAAACUUAAUAAAAGAAUUAUGGAGCUGGAGAAACUAGAAGAUGCUUUCAACAAGAGUAAACAGGAAUGUUACUCCCUGAAAUGCAACCUAGAAAGAGAAAAAAUUUUAACAAAGCAGUUGUCCCAUGAGCUGGAUGGUUUAAAAGCUAGAGUUGGCGAGCUUGAAGCCAUUGAAAGCAAGUUAGAAAAAACUGAGUUUACACUUAAAGAAGAUUUAACAAAGCUGAAGAGUUUAACAGUGAUGCUUGUGGAUGAAAGAAAAACUAUGGGUGAAAAAAUAAAGCAAACAGAAGAAAAGCUGCAAGCUGCAACUUCUCAGCUUCAGGUGGAACAAAAUAAAGUGAUGUCAGUUACAGAAAAGCUGAUGGAGGAAAGUAAAAAGGCACUGAAAUCAAAAUCUGAUGCAGAGGAAAAAAUGUCCAGUGUUACAAAAGAAAGAGAUGAAUUGAAAAACAAACUCAAAGCAGAAGAGGAGAAAGGAAGUGAUCUUGUUUCCAAAGUGAAUAUUCUGAGUAAAAGACUUCAAUCUUUGGAAGAUGUUGAAAAAGAGUUUCUUAAAAGUAAACGUAGGGAGAGUACUAAAUCUAGCACCUCCUUGCAGCAGGAAAACAACAUAAUCAAAGAGCUUUCUCAAGAAGUUGAGAGGCUUAAGCAGAAGCUCAACGAAAUGAAGUCAGUAGAAGAUGAUCUUAUGAAAACUGAAGAUGAAUUUGAGUCUCUAGAACGAAAAUAUGUCAGUGAACAGGACAGAGCCAAGCUCCUCUCAGAGGAGUUGGAGGCUGUGAAAAUGGAAUUGGCGAGGUAUAAAUUAACGGAAAAGGCAGAGUCCAAUCAGGAGCGCCUUUUUAAGAAACUCAAAGAAGAGGAAGCUAAAUCGAGUCACCUUUCCAGAGAAGUAGAUGCACUGAAAGAGAAAGUUCAUGAAUAUGUGGCAACAGAAGACUUAAUCUGUCACCUGCGAGGUGAUCACACAGUCUUACAGAAGAAACUCCUCCAGCAAGAAAACAAAAACAGGGAGCUAGCAAGAGAAAUGGAGAGCCUCACGAAAGAACUGGAGAGGUACAGAUCCUUCAGCAAGAACAUCAGGCCCGGUCUCAAUGGAAAGAAAAUUCCAGAUGUGCAAGUUUUUUCUAAAGAAAUCCAAACAGAUCCAGCAGACAAUGAACCACCCGAUUACAAAACCCUCAUGCCUUUAGAGCAAACGGUCAUAAAUGGGCAGCUCUAUGAAGACAGUGAUAAUGAGGAGGAACAAACAGCAUCUUUGAAAAGCAACUCAUCCACUGCAAAUGCUGGAAACAAAAAAUUAUGGAUCCCUUGGAUGAGGUCCAAAGAGAGCCAUCCUCAAAAUGGAAAGAUACACACAAAGCAAAAUGGAAACUGUGCACAGACUGGAGAUCUAGUGCUAAGUCAUACACCUGGCCAACCCCUUCACAUAAAAGUAACUCCAGACCAUAGACAGAACACAGCAACCCUUGAAAUAACCAGUCCUACCACGGAAAGCCCUCACUCCUACACAAGCACAGCAGUUAUACCCAACUGUGGCACUCCAAAGCAAAGAAUAACCAUUAUUCAAAACGCCUCCUUAACACCUGUAAAAUCAAAAGCAGGAGAAGGUUAUGUGACACCAGAGCAUGUAAUUUCUCCUAUUACUAUGACUACUACUUUUGCAAGAUCUCAAACUCCUGAAUCGUGUGGUUCUUUAACUCCUGAAAGAACAAUGUCCCCUUUGGCUUUACCCGGCUCAAGUUCUCAGGAACAAACACUCUCCUCGGAGCCUUUGGAAAUGGGAGCCAAGCACGCUGUUUUUAGAGUAUCCCCAGACAGGCAGUCAUCAUGGCAGUUUCAGAGAUCUAACAGUACAGGAUCAAGUGUAAUAACUACUGAGGAUAACAAGAUCCACAUUCAUUUAGGAAGUCCUUAUGUCCAAGCUCUCACCGCUUCCAAGCCCAUCAGCCCUUGCAGUGCAGUGCAAGACAGCAGAACUCCAGCACUAGCUAAUGGCCUACCCACUAAGCCCACCAAUAAAAUCACCAGCAGUAUUACUAUCACACCAACAGCCACUCCUCUUCCACGGCAAUCACAAAUUACAAUUACCAAUACGUUCCAUCGUUCAAUUCCAACUCGGAUCCCCAAACCAAAGCCUGCAAGCACAACCAAAGCACCUGUCAAAAUUCCUGCUGGACAUCUCAACAAGCCACUCCAAGACAGUCCUUCUGGAAAGAUACGCAUUAUAAGGACGGUGUCUAAAGCCUGCCUUCAAAGUGGAGGGAGAAGAGCGCAUUCCAACAGCCUAAAUGGCUCAACUGACAAUACAUGGGAAAACUCCUUACACAUAGGUGUUUCUUUAAGAACUGCCAAAUCCUAAUUCCUAAAUACAGCAAAAGCUGGUGGUGAUCACAGUGCCAUAGCCAGAACUGCAAUCCUUUUGCUGAAGCAAGGAGAGAUUCUGAUGCAUUCAGUUACCUGAUUUUUCCCCUUCAUUUCACAGCUAAAAGUUUAACUUAACCACUGAGACAGCACACAGCACUGCUGUGUGACUGUUUUUGCAAACCCACAAGAAACUUCCCAUGCCUUCCUCAAGAGCUUCACAAGAAAUUCUCUACAAAUACUUUUAAAAAGUUUUAUAAGAUCAGCCUACUUAAAAAUUAUUUCAGCUGCAUCCUAUGAGACACACCUGUGAUAAUAUGAAGACAUUAAAGAAUUACUUUGCCACAGUAAAAAUGAAAGGAUUUCCAUUUUAUUCAGCUGUCAAGUUCUGAGAGUCCAUAUCAUGUGUGCUCAGAUCCCAACACAGCUUACAGAAGUACACCAUUGCAACCUGCAGAAUGAAUGCACAUUGAUGUGAAGAAACACAGAUUUAAAAAGCAGCCAUCAACUUGGCAUGCUAAUCAGAAAGAUGUUCAAGUACUGACCAAGUUCUAUUACAAGGAACAGCAAGUCAUUGACGAGGCAAAAAAAAGGAUCCAGCAACAGACCUCAGCUCUGAUCAAACAGUGCUCCCACUGAAUGCACUACAAUGAGGAGUCUGCUUCUCAAUAGCUGCAAAUCACACAUUACAAAUUUAUAUUAACUGGCACCCUUCACGACAAAGAAAGAAAAGAGAACCCCUGGCAAAAGAAUUCCUGCAAUUCCUGCAAUAGCAUCCUUUGCUUUAGAGCCCACACAGGACCCCACAAGCACUGCCAAAUCAUCAGCUAUGGUCCCAUAUUAUAUUUCUCACCUAUUUUUGCUGCUGACAUACAAGAGUUUUGCUCCUGUCUUGCAACGACACAAUUAAUUUUUACCUAUGAGGGUCAUGCCCCUCAUAGGUAGAUCCUACUUAAGGAUCUAAAACUGACAAAUGGGGAUACUGCACUCCUAUGGGAUUAUGGGCGAUACAGAAAGCAUGGAGAAUGAAAGACAAGGAAGAGCAACCAAAAAGGAGGAAACUGGAAGAAUUUCUGAAAAAUGGAAGUCCAUCUCUCUCCCUCAAACUGACUGGGAGAUGAGGCACGCUGGCUACAGGCAAGAUGUGGACAUUUGUAGUGCUGUGAGAAUCGCUCGUUUCUGUUCACAGAGGGAAGAGAAGAAAGUUGGGGUCCUUCACCAGUAUGAAAUAAACUCCUCCAAAUUCCUUACCCUUUCCCUUGUAAUUCUGAAUGCAAUAUAAAAAUCACAUGAAAGUCUGGACAAAGUUGUGACACAAACUGGAAAAAAGGAAGGUAAGGAAGUCCUGCAGUUGCAUGACGUGGGACAUAUGUAACACUAAACUAUGCUGCUAAGUGGAGAAUAAUUCCCAACAGCUCCCUCCACAAAUCUCAUCUCAAAGGUUUGCUGAAGAUGUUAUUAGGCAAGAUUAUUUAGUUUUUGUCAUGUGACAUGAUACAAAGAUGGGUAAUCCCUUUAGCAUUUUUUGCCUCGGGUUUUGUGGGCUUUUUUUACACCUAUAAAUCAUUUGCAGUAUGGUAAAUAUUGACAUCUUAAGGUGAGAAUAAUUACCUUUAUUUUUAAUAUGGACUCUAAAAUAAUGACUUCCAAUGACAUGACCAAAAGCAAAUUUAGAAUUACACAUCCAUACAUAAGGAUAUAUAUUUAUAUUUAUUUUGUGUUUUCAUACUCUUUUGGUGGAGUGUAUGAAUGAUGUUCACACUCAUUUUAAAAGCAGCCUUUUCUAAUUACAAGUGGGUAAAAUCUAAAACACUUUUGAGAGCUGAAUUCUGAUGAAUAUACUGUAGAUCAGAGCUUAUUCUAAGGUUAAUUUUAAAGGAUCUGGCAAAAGAUCAUUAUUUCAAAAGUACAUUUGAAUUCUGCUUUGCACCUGCAGUUAUGGCAGAGAUGUUAUUUUUAAAUAGGUCAGCAAAUGAGGUUGGAUAAUAUUUUUUUAACAAAACUUCAUUUUUCACAGAAAUGAAAUUGACCAAGUCUUGCAAAGGUGCUCACUAAUGUGCAAUUAUUUUCUUGUAUUGCUGCCUACAUCAUGCAUUGUGAACCGUGAUUUCCUCUUUUAUGCCAACUGAUUUUAAAACAUUUUACAGUAUUGAUAAGAUGCUGUACAAAUUAACCCUUCGUUUUACCCGUUUUACGUGAAAAACAGCUACAAAAAAUAAAAGUAACAGAUGUUUUAUGUUUCCUGUUA